GGGGCGACGGGGCGGGAUGGCGGCGCCCGAGGCGGAGGCGGCGGGGGGUCGGCAGCGCGCGCUGGGCGCCUACUCGCCCGUGGACUACAUGAGCAUCACCAGCUUCCCCCGGCUGCCCGAGGAGGAGGCGGGCGGCGCGGCCGAGGGCGGCCUCCGCGCCCGGAAGGAGGAGGACGCGUUCCUGGGCGAGCAGGACACGGACCCAGACUCCUUCCUGAAGUCUGCACGCCUCCAGCGCCUGCCCUCGUCCUCCUCGGAGAUGGGCAGCCAGGAUGCAUCCCCGCUGCGAGAGACCAGCAAGGACCCCUUCUCUGGAGACUGCAGCUGCCGGCAGGACGGGCUGACCGUCAUCAUCACUGCCUGCCUCACCUUCGCCACAGGGGUCACGGUGGCCUUAAUCAUGCAGAUCUACUUUGGAGACCCUCAGCUCUUCCAGCGUGGAGCCGUGGUGACGGACGCUGCCCGCUGCACAGCACUGGGUGUCGAGGUGCUCGGCAAGCAGGGCUCCUCGGUGGACGCGGCCAUCGCAUCAGUGCUCUGCGCAGGAGUGGUGAACCCCCACACCUCAGGCAUCGGCGGGGGUGGGGUGAUGCUGGUCCAUGACAUCCGGAAGAACCAGAGCCAGGUGAUCGACUUCCGUGAGGUGGCUCCAUUGGGCAUCCCGCCGGGUGGCGAUCUGCUGAAGGACACCAAGCCAGGUUUGCUCGUGGGGGUGCCAGGCACACUACAAGGCAUGCACCGGGCACACCAGCUGCACGGCAGGCUCCCCUGGUCACAGCUGCUGGGCCUCGUGGCUGCCGUCGCUCAGGACGGAUUUAACAUCACGCACGACUUGGCCAAAGCUGUGAGUGAGCUUAAAGACCUGAACUACUCCAACAAGUUUCGGGAGACCUUCCUUCCGGAUGGCCAGCCUUUGUUGCCUGGCAUGUUUGUGAGGCGCCUGGACCUCGCAGCUGUCUUGGAGCUAGUGGGAGCAGAAGGGACUUCAGCCUUCUACAGUGGAAACUUGAGCCAGGAGAUCAUCUCUGAGGUCCAAAACUACGGAGGAGUCUUGGAGGAGGAAGACUUCAGCAAUUACAGUGUUACAGUGGAGAAUCCUGUCCACACGACAUACCGAGGUCAUCUUGUUUUGAGUCCCCCACCUCCACAUGCAGGUCCUGCUCUGAUCACAGCACUGAAUAUCCUCGAGGGCUUUAAUAUCACAAAUCUAGCAUCCAGGGGGAAUAUCUUGCACUGGAUUGCAGAGACAUUAAAAAUCGCUCUGAGUCUAGCUAGCAACUUGGGAGACCCGUCCGAUGAUGCAUCCAUCGUUCAUGCUGCAGAAGGCAUGUUGAGUAAAUCAGAAGCUGAUUCCCUGCGCCAGCUGAUAAAUGAGUCCCAGCCCUUCUCAUCGGAUCUCCGCCUGCCUCACUUCUCUGUGCAGAGCGGACCUGCUGCCAGCCAGGUUCUUGUCAUGGGGCCCGAUGACUUCAUUGUUGCAGUUGUAAGUUCUUUGAAUCGUCCAUUUGGUAGUGGAAUAAUGACACCCUCUGGAGUGCUCCUGAACAGCCAGAUGUUGGACUUCUCCUGGCAAAACAAAACAACAAACCACUCCAUUCCCAGGCCGCAAAAUCUCAUUCAGCCUCGGAAACGGCCACUGUCUUUCUUGUUGCCCACCAUUGUGAGGCCAUCGGAGGGGAUGUGUGGGACGUACCUGAGUCUGGGAGCAAACAGUGGGGACAAAGCCUUGAGCGGCAUCGUUCAGGUCUUGGUAAAUGUAUUAGCAUUCAACAAGAAUCUGAGUGAAAGUUUGUCUCUUGGUCGUCUUCACCCGCAGCUUCAGUCCAACACCUUGCAGGUUGACAGUGAAUUUCCUGAAGAAGACAUUGAAUGUCUUGUAGCCAGGGGCCAUGAAGUGGAUAAAGUCAAAGUGCUCUCCCUGGUCCAUGGGGCCAGGAGAACCAACAGUUUCAUCAUCGGCUUGAAGGACCCCAGGAGCGUGGAUGCUGCUGGAGCCACAAUACUGUAGCACCUCUCAGACAACUUAUUCACUGAACAAGGCUUUAGACAGAUCAACCCAAGUGAUGUGCAUGUUCUGAAAUGGUCCCCUCCUGCUCCCCAGCGUGGGAUCACUGCAUACACACACAUACAUCUACACUGCUGAGCAAACGUCCUGCGUUCCCUACCCUGGAUGACACAGGAGGCGUUAACGGUGCCAUUAUAACAUCUCUCUGAUUUUUUUUUUCUUUUAAAAUAAUUUGAAUUGCAAGCAGCUCAGUCACUGUUAUAGGAUCACAGGGAGUUUUCUUUUGGCACCAUCUUAUCAUUCAUUUCAGUCUUUUCAAAAGUCCAGCUCUAGCCAAGUACAUAAUUUUAGUGAGCAGCAACAUUAGCAAAGGAAACAGUGACUGUAAAAAACAGCUGCUGAUAACACUGUAAUCUUCAUCUUCUUUUCUUUCCCAAUUUCAUUAUUUGCCUCUUGUGUAAGUCAGCAAUUAAUGCAUCCUAAUGUAAUGUUUGUAGGUGUCUGUAGCUGGAAUAUCAGGGCAUCCUUUAAUGUCGUGUAUGGGCCAGCUGGUUUUUACCAGCGUGCAGCUUCCUGUGUUAGAUCCUUUUCUCACAUCCCUACAAACCUGGAAUUUUUGGAGUAUUUUGAAUCACUUCUUUGUGCAGACUCAUUGGAGUCCAACUUUGAACCAGUCUGCCUCUUCACUGGCAAAUGAGGACCCCAAAUUCACUGCUUUUGUUCCCAAAAGAAGCUGUCCCACCAUGCAUUUUGUAACAGAAACAAUUUCAACUUUUUCGACUUUUAACAACUGGUGGACCCCCCCAAUAAUUUUCUCACAGUUUUCUGGCUUCCUCUGCAGAGAUUUUAAGCUUAGUGAUAAUGGGCUUAUUUUUCUUAGAUACUUUUUGGAGAUAUCUUCAAAGUACUCUGCAGGCUUGUAAGAAUCCAUGGAGCACAGACUGAAAACUGCAUGGAAACAGUUGAGGUAGAUUCAGGGCUUUCCUUACACUGCCUUAUGUCAGCCUGCUGUGAAAGCCUAAGUUGUAUAAUCCCUACAGAGAGGCUUAGGUUUUUCUGCAUGCUAAAUUUGCGGCUGUACUUCAGCUCUGGUGGCUCUAUUGGAAAAGCUGUGGAGAGAGAAAGGGUCCAAUGCAAAGCAAAGACCAUUGAGAUAAUUUUCUGUCUGUAACAAGGAAUACAGAAUAUAAGAAUACCUCUGCAUUUCUUGUCUGAAAGAGAAUGGAGAAAAUACCACAUCUCUUUGCUGCACCAUUUAAUUCAAUCUGCCCUGGAAUGUUUCCUUCUAUUUUUUUUAACUAACAAGUUAGAGAGAAACCCUUGGCUGUAAAAAAUUCUGGAAUCAGAUACAUUUCCACAGCAAUGAUUUCCUUCACAUUGCAAAUAUGUCAAUGGCUGCUGCACGUAUUCCACAUGUGUGUCUGCCUAUGGCUGCCUUGGCAUGCCCCUUGGUGACACAGCUGCCCCAGCCUUCCUUCCAGGGGAGUCCCACAGACACUGGUCCACAUGUAAGUGCUGUGCCCACACAGACUGGCACAGGGUGCAGGGAGCAGGCAGGGUGCUUGGAGGUGGUCAGAAAACUAUCAGAGAGAAUUGGAUUAAUUGUUCCUGACACCUACCGGCUGAGUGUCCCAAAGCAUCUUACAGUCUUGCACAUUUUGCUGUGGGAGGAGUGCUUUUCUGCUUUGCUGAAAGGCAGCCAGCUAAAGGCAGCCACUGGCAGACAUCAAAGCCAACAGUUCUUUCUGUUAGGAGACACAGAAUUAUAGAAUGGCCUGAGUUGAAAAGGACCACAGUGCUCAUCCAGUUCCAACCCCCUGCUAUGUGCAGGU